GAAGCACACGAAAUUCGGAAGGUUCAAUCCUAAAAGACUGAUUUUUUUCGGAGGCGCCGACGCAAACCGUCGCCAGCGCGACGAUCCCAUCCCAUCCGCCGCCGCUCCGCCGCCCUCCUGCGGAGAUUUCGUCGAGAUAAGCCAUGGGUCAGGCACUUGGUUUGAUACAAGUAGAUCAAUCGACAGUAGCCAUCAAGGAAUCCUUUGGGAAGUUUGAUGAGGUUCUUGAGCCUGGAUGCCACUUUUUACCCUGGUGCAUAGGGAAGCAGAUUGCCGGAUAUCUUUCCUUGCGUGUGCAGCAGCUUGACGUCCGUUGUGAAACAAAGACUAAGGACAACGUUUUUGUCAAUGUCGUGGCUUCUGUGCAAUACCGUGCUCUUGCUGACAAGGCAUCAGAUGCCUUUUACAAGCUUAGCAAUACCAGGGAGCAAAUCCAGUCGUAUGUUUUUGAUGUAAUCAGGGCUAGUGUUCCAAAGAUGAACUUGGAUGAUGCAUUUGAGCAGAAGAAUGAAAUCGCAAAAGCUGUGGAAGAUGAGCUUGAAAAGGCUAUGUCAAUGUAUGGUUAUGAGAUUGUGCAAACACUGAUUGUUGAUAUCGAACCAGAUGAGCAUGUGAAGAGAGCCAUGAAUGAAAUCAAUGCAGCUGCCAGGCUGAGGGUGGCAGCCAAUGAGAAAGCUGAAGCAGAGAAGAUUCUCCAGAUCAAGAGAGCUGAAGGAGAUGCAGAAUCCAAGUACUUGGCUGGUCUGGGUAUCGCGAGGCAGCGUCAGGCUAUAGUGGAUGGGCUGAGAGACAGUGUUCUUGCCUUCUCCGAGAACGUGCCUGGGACCUCUGCCAAGGAUGUCAUGGAUAUGGUUCUGGUUACGCAAUACUUCGACACCAUGAAGGAGAUAGGAGCCUCAUCCAAGUCCUCUUCAGUUUUCAUCCCCCACGGGCCCGGUGCCGUCAAAGAUAUCGCUGCACAGAUAAGAGAUGGUCAGCUCCAAGCCAAAUUUGUUUAAGAGGAUGUGGCAAAGAAUGGUGGUUCAGGAUUUCCUGAGUAUGAAUGGAAUUCUACAGUAAUAUCCUAUCUACAUAUUCAAUAUUUUGUGAGAUAAAAGUAUAUAACUUAGGCAAAAGCAGAUCGAUUGUAAGUACCAUGCACGCCUGCUUCAGGACCGUUUGUUUAUAGUAGUACUUCGUGAGGUUAUUUGCCUAGAGUGUCAAUAUACUUGAGUUACAUGUUUCUGUAAAUAAUUCCUAAAUAUUACGUGUCAGUAUGGAAUUAUUUGCAUGUUUAGUGACCUUAAGUAAUGUCUCGUCUUAUUUAUGUGCUGUCAUGACAAGUUUCUUGUGGAGAAAUGUCAUGACCUUAAGUGUGUAUUACUUGUGGAGAAAUAUCAAAUACAAGACUUAUUUUUCUGCCA